AUGUCCACGCCCGACCUAGCCCUCGAUUUACGGAUACGUUAUCUCGAGACCUUACUCACGCGGCCGUCCACUUCGACCAACGCUCCGACCUCAGCCUCGAACCCGGCUUCGUUGUCCCGUCGCGUGUCGCAGCUCGCUUCGUCGCUCGACCUCGUGCUCGAAGCAGGGCCGGGAACGGAUGCCCUCCGCAAAUUCGUAGCCAACUGUGGGUAUGGCUACUGUUCCAAGUUGCGUUUCGAGCAGAGCAUUGACUGGUCACGCCACCUUCACCGCAGACGACCUGAACGAGCCGCUCCUGACCGUACCCCCUGUUCCAUAUCAUCAUCCGUCCUCCUCCGCAACCCACGAUGACCUUACACCCCACUCCAAAGUCAGCCUCAUCCUCGAAGCCGAGUACGAGAUCCGCCAACUCGAAUGGGAACUGAGGCAGAUCGCACUGCUGGACGAUCAAGGCGUUGUCGGCGCUGGCGAACUGGCUCGUGAGUGAUCUCGUGGCGCUACUACAUCCCUUGAGAUCAGCACAAUCGGAUCUUCAUCCCGUACCUUUGCUGCAUCACAGAACACCAAGAUCUGAGGACAGAGCUCGCUCAGACAAAGCAAGACGUCAAACCCCUUGCGGCAUCGUAUCAAGAACUCGAACACAAGACCCACAAUCUCUUGAGCCGCUACAACGAUUAUGUGCGUCCGUCCGCUCACAAGUUACAGUCGCGCCUUCAAGCUAAUCACCGGGCUACGAGCACCGCGCAGAUCUCGACCCUCUCCGAAGUGUUUGUACAAUGGAACGACAUCGUCUCCGAAGCCGAGCAAGAAGUCACCCGGAUCGAAAAGAAUCGCAACCCCUCCCUCGACAUCUCAUAA